UCUCCCUCGCCCUCUCCGCUCCGCCAUUUCGCGCCGAACUUAACGUCUAUGCCUUCUCGCCGGCGCGUAACCCUGACCUCCUCCUAAGCCUCUCUCUUACUAGGCCGCCGCGACGACGACCCCCAUAGCCUUCCCCUCCCAUCAUGGAUUUCUCUGCCCCCCCAGCGACGCCCCAGCGCCCGACUCCCGGCGCGUUCAUAAACACUCCUGCGCCGGGUCGGCCUGGGCUCUUCAGAUCCGGCUCUGCUCAGCAGCCACAGCAGCCCCAACAGCAUGUCGCACCCCUUCCCCCAGCAGCACCGGCUCCCUCGCCCAUAGAACGUGCGGCGCGCACCAUUAAUGAUAUGCUAGCGAAGGAUGCGAGAUAUCCAGAUGUCGAGACAUAUGUUGGACAAGGCAUUUCCGGCGAGUACGACCUGUCGACGAACCGGGCAUGGACACCAUUUCAGAAACUCCGGACGUAUGAGAUUCCAGAGCGCAUAUUCGAGCAGGUCAACCAGACACAGAUGGCUACUACCAUGGGUCUCUUUGCCGAGAUCAACCACGCCUGGGUUACUAUCGACAAUCAGCUAUAUUUAUGGGACUACACGCACCCCAAUCCGGAGCUAAUCGGAUACGAGGAACAGCCAAACACCAUCAUUAAUGUGAAGCUGGUGAAGCCCCGUCCCAAAGUUUUCGUGGACACCAUCUCACACCUCCUGGUUGUCGCAACAUCCGCAGAAAUACGCGCCAUUGCCAUGGAAUGCCAGAAAGGGCCUGAGGGUGUGCACGGUGUCACACUGUACCAGACGGGGUUAACCGUGUCCGUUCGAGGGAUUCACGUUGGGUGCAUAGCAGGCUCAGCCAAGACGGGCCGCAUAUUCUUUGCAGAUGGACGAGAUUCGGAGGAUAUCUACGAGCUGAACUACCAGAAUGAAGAGAAAUGGUUUCAGAGCAAGUGCGGCAAGACAAAUCACGUGCGCAAGUCCAUCACCUUUCCCACAAUAUCCUGGUCUGCGCCGAAGCACGAAUACGUGCAGCAGAUGGCGAUCGAUGAUACCCGGAAUCUUCUCUACACUCUAUCAUCCAGCUCUGCUAUUCGCGUUUUCCAUAUGAAAACACCGACAACCCUGGAACUAGUUAUUGUUCGGCCGUUGGCUGCUAUCCGGACUCUGUGCGGCCAUUUGGUUCGACAAUCCGAAUUGCUCUUUGGACCUAAUCUGCGGAUCAUUGGCAUUGAUCCUAUCACUGCCCCAGAAGCCAACCAGCUGUCUCUUAUGGCAACGACCUCAACCGGGUGCCGGAUAUUCCUAAGCACCACUUCCGGCGGAUUCUUCAACGACAGCACCGCGGCACCGAACAGUAUGCAGGUCCGGCACAUACGGUUUCCUCCUCCAGACAGCCAGACAGCGAAUCAAACUCCAUCAAAUCCAUUACAAGCGUAUCCAGGCUCUAGUCCGGUCGGCGUUCACUCGACAAAUCUUAUAAAGACUAGCGACGGUUUCCGUUACGCCCCAGGCUCAUUCUUCUGUUUUGUCCAGAAGACAGGAGAUGCAAAUCACCUGCUUUUUAUGUCGGCGCCACAUACAGGUGAGAUAAACCAACGAGACAUAACUCAAGGCCCCCGGUACAAGGAAUCUGCGCAGGUCCUCCCCCUUGGAGGACUGAUGCAGGAUAUUGGCCUAGUCACAGAUCCAUUCUCAGCUGCAAACACCCCCCAGGGUUUCGGGAACGAGCUUGCAGUGCAGUUCGACAAGCCUCUCUGUGAGUGGGCCAUCAUGACACACAACGGCAUUGAGACGAUUCGUCGACGGCGGCUAGUCGAUAUAUUCGCGGCCAUUAUCAAAUAUGGUGGAGGACCACAGGGUGUCGAAGGUGACCUCCGUCAAAUCGUCAAAGAAUACGGAAGGGCAGAGUGCGCGGCGACGUCCCUGGCUGUAGCAUGUGGGCAAGGUUCUGACAUUGGGCCGGAUUCUCGCAUUGCCAAGGUCAGUGAUCCAGAGGUCCUUGAAUAUGCGCGCAAGGCUUUCAUCGAUUUUGGUGGGAAGGCGCAGGUGAAUGAGAAUUCGACUGUAGAGGGACUUUCCGUGGACAAUGUACGGCCGUCCCCUCGUCAUGAUGGUAUUGCUACGUACAUUUCGCGACUCGUCCGGUCAAUCUGGCGGACACCUAUCAUCAAGUCCGUAACGAAGCCAACCGGUCCUGUUCUCGAACCGACACACAAAAUCUCGAAAUUGCAAGAGAUACAACGUGCACUGGUUCAGCUGCAGGAGUUUCUGGAGUCUAACAAGCAGUUUAUCGACGGCUUGGCCGGACCCGAGGCUCUUGGACGAGUGAGCUCAAGGCAAGAUGAGGUGGAAUUGCAGGGGGAGAAUCGGGCUCUUACAAGCUUAAUGGUCAUUAUUAACAACAUCAUCGAAGGCAUUGCUUUCGUGCUGGUUCUUUUCGAUGAGCGGCUAGAGGAUAUUCUCGUUCUACUCCCUGAGGAUCAACGUCUGAAAGUCCGACAACUCACUUUCGAGGGCUUGUUCUCUGUCAAGGAGGGCAAAGAUCUGGCGAAAGAGCUCGUGAAAGCAAUUGUCAACCGUAAUAUCCAGAAAGGAUCAAAUGUUGAGACUGUUGCGGAAGCUUUACGCAGAAAGUGCGGUAGCUUCUGCAGCUCAGAUGACGUUGUAAUAUUCAAGGCGCAGGAGAAUCUCAAGAAGGCAACAGAUGUUGGCGCUAACGCGGAGAGGGGUAGGAUCCUGCUCAAUGACAGUCUGAGGCUGUUCGAGCAAGUAGCGAAGAGCCUGAGCAUGGAGAACCUUACAGCGGCGGUUGAUAGGUAUGUCCAACUAGAAUUUUAUGCUGGCGCUAUCCGGCUCGCACUCAAGGUUGCUCAGGAGCUCGACCGCGGGAACAAAGCUCUCUCAUGGAUCAAAGACGGUCAGCCAAGCCCAGAUAUCCGCCAAGACUCAUACAACAAGCGGACUGCGUGCUACGCCCUCGUGUUCAAAGUUAUCGAGGCCGUCGACCAUGCAUAUAACGCCCAAGGUACCCAGCAUGACGGAGUCAUCUCACAGAUCACACGGCGCAAACACGAAGCAUACGAGCAGAUCAACAACUCCGAUGAUGAAGUUUUCCAAAACUACCUCUACGACUGGUACCUGCAAAAAGGUUGGGCAGAUCGUCUCCUCGAAAUCAACUCCCCCUUCGUUGUAGACUACCUCCGCCGUAGCUCGCACACUGAUAUCACACACGCUGAUCUCCUAUGCCGUUACUACGCGCAUUACGGCGACUUCCUGAGUGCUGCAGAAGUGCAAUUCCACCUCGCUCAAUCGUCAUUCGAUCUCAAGCUCGACCGUCGUAUCGAGUAUCUCUCCCGCGCUAAGACAAACGCAUCGUCUCGCAUAACCGGCUUCUCGGAAAUGGGAUCAAGAAAUCGGCAGAGUAGGCAGGAGUUACUGCGGAAUAUCAGUGAUCAUCUGGAUAUCGCGAAUAUACAAGAUGAUAUCCUACAGAAGAUGAAGGCCGAUGUGCGGUUUAUGCGGACGGAGGAUUUGCUAGCUAGGAGAAAGGAGGUGUUGGAUAAGCUGGACGGGGCGAUUCAGCCGUUGGAUGAUCUCUACCACGGUUACGCCGACCAAGCCGGCUACUACGACAUCUGCCUCCUAAUCUACCACUCGGCCGACUACCGCAACCUGCCCGACGUCCGCUCUACCUGGACCAAUGUGAUCGACCAAGAGCACCAUAAAGCCCUCGAAACUGGUCACCCAGCCCCCUGGGAACUCGUGUCUCUCAAAACCGUCGAAAUCGGCCAUCGUGUCAAUCUCAAUGAAAACGUCUUCCCAAUCAACAUCGUCCUCCAGCUACUGCUGCAGUACGAUAUCCAAUACUACACCCACGAUAAUAAUCGGAAUCCCCAAGCAAGUGCAAGCGGAGAUGACCUCCUCCGCAGCCCGUUAACUUGGGCUCUAGACCCCUUUAUCCGGCUGUCCGCGCCCUUCGAGUCCCUAGUCGCGACGCUGGAGUCGCUGUGGUAUUCGCAGGAAUAUCCGUUUCAGGGCCGCAGCCGGAGAUUACUGGUGAAGUGGAUUAUUUAUGCGGUAGAGCAGUGGGCCGAGCAGAGUCGGAGGUCGGGCGUAAUGUUUGGAGGCACAGAGAAUGCGAUUGGGCUUGCAGACUGCUUGAGGGUAGUACUAGGUGCAGGGGAAUUGGAUCGUGCGAGGGAGGAGGAUAGGGAGUGGGUGGAACGGGGAAGAGCGGUUAGGGAAAAGGUUGAGGAGGUUGCGAGAUGAGUUGAUUAUGUGGCCGACCGUUCAACCGAGAAAAUUGGGAGCGGGGGCCAGUUGAUGGAAUCGUUGGCGAUGCAUCGAUCUAUCCUUUCAGUGCAAACCGGUGUUUUCUGGAGGACAUUGUCUAUCUAUCGUGUAUCUCCGGGCUUCUUGCGGGAUUGGAGGGAAAAGCAUGGCUGACCUGACCGAGUGUACUUUAUCUUGGAAGACGUGAGGUUUUUUUUUUUCAGUGGAGAGUGUUCUUGGAGAUUUCAUCAUGAGCAUGGCGCAUGACAGGCAAGGUACGGAAGCAAU